AUGGAGAACGGAGGCAGCAAACUAAAGGUCAUUUCACAGCGGACACAUAAUUUCCGAGAGUCUGUCGAGCUUGAGAAUAUGGAUACCGAUAGAUCACCGGGUCAAUUCAUGCUGCAGCCUGUCCCUUCGGAACAGACCCUGGACUUGGGGUCCAGAGUCAAUGGCGCUAUUUUGCCCAACUCCUACAGCUUUGACGACGAGAUUACCGAUUUCAGCCCUGGUCUGCAAGAAUCGGGGACAUUGGACAGUGACAAAUGCAGUUCCGAGCAACAGGAUUCCGGGGCAGGGCGAACACCAACCGGGAUCACUGGAUCCAGGAAAGGCGGCAGAAGCAAGGGGCAAAGAACUAAGGGGGAUGCCCGCCUCAGUCCGCAAGGUGGUUUGAAUAAUGUCACUCCCAUAUUGGAUCGAGGCUCGCUUAUUUCAACACAGGACCCUCGACCUGUGGAUAAAGUCGAUGAGCACUCUGGUUCUGGACAUCCAGCACAUAUCUCAUCACGGAACUCACCAGUGCCCAGUGCAAACAUUGGCGGCCAAUAUCAUGGGCCUUCUUCUCCGAUUACCUUUUUGGAAAGAGCAUGGAAGCGGAUUCGAGAGAAUCAUGCCUCGAGCAUGUCCAAGACGCUGGACAAGGAGAUGUCUGCCGAGCAGUCGAUCCUGGUGACCGGUGACGGGCAGGGACUGCGUCUCUCAGACGAGCUGUUCUACAUGCCAUCAAAGUCCCAGGCAUAUGAGUUAGUUGGGAGGUAUUUUGACAUCUCUACACCCUUUUUCCAGUUCCUCCACCGUGGUACAGUAACGAGCUUGAUUGAAACGCUUUAUCAACAGGGGGGCGAGCAACAGACUGCUCAUCAACUUAUAUCUCAAAGCCAAGUCACGCUGUUGCUGAUGAUUUUUGCCGCGGCUACUUUUGAGAAUGCCCAAGAGAUCGCUUCCGUGGACACCGGGGACUACAAACAAAGUGAAUUGUUCCUCGAGGCUGCACAAAGACGCUUGCAGAGAGAAGGGGGUGAACCAACUCUAGCCUCAGUCCAGGCGAGGCUUGUUGAAUGUCUGCACCUUUUAUCAACCCGGCACGCAAAUGAAGUCUACUCGAAGUUCGGAACCACGGUUGCCUUGAUUAUCACCCUCGGUUUACAUCGUCGCAAGCGCCCCGGCGGUUACAGAUCGGAAGUGGGAGCCGUCGAGCACGAGUGCCGUAAACGAGCCUUCUGGGUCGCCUACGUUCUCGAUAGAUAUCUCAGUGUCAUGGGCGGCCGUCCGCGGACUCUCCAGGAUUUCGAUACCGAUCAGGACUUUCCGGCAAGGUUGCAUGACGAUGAAUUGACCUUCGAAGGCAUAAAGCCUAGGGAUGGCCAAUUUGAUUGUGAUAUGGACGCACCAAUCGCGCAUAUCAAGCUUGCCCGAAUCAGCGCCCAAAGCUCUGCUCAAGUCUAUCCUCUACGACGGGUAAGUCAAGAUGAAAGACUUUUGCAAGCACAACGAAUCACUGCAGACCUUGCAGCAUGGAAAAAGGAGCUGCCGCCGUUCCUUGGUAUAAUACCCGCCUCAAGCCUCAUUCCCAAGUUUCAACGACAAUCCCUCACUCUACAUCUGGCCCACGCGCAUGCUGCUAUUCAUGCCAACAGGCCGUUCCUUUUGAGUAACUUUGCAAAUACAUCCAAUCCGCCAUACCUACCACAACAGGCCGUCAAUUAUAUUUCCGACUGCGUGACCGCUGCUCGUAGUAUCGUGGACAUUCUGGAGACUUUCGAUGGCAAUGGAAUACCUUUCCAUUCAUGGUGGUUCACACAAUAUGUCUCUUUCUGCGCUGUAGCGGUCAUCUACAUCUACGCGAUACAACAACACCAGAAGUUGAUCUCCACUCCCACAGCCGUCAUUUCGAAUGAGACAUCGUUUCAGCCAUCAAUCGCAGUCUCGAGCAAAGAGAGAGACUGGUUCGCUGUUGCAGAAAGCUGUCAGCAGAGGCUCGCAGAGGCUGCCAGGGAGAACUCCCCUGGGAAAAGGUAUGCGAUCGUCUUGGAGGAAUUACGGCAAGAAAUGUACCGCCAUCUGUCAACUCCAACGAUGGUUUCCGGUGAGGAUGAGGACAAUGUUUCACGGAGGGUCGAACAGGAUUCCCAGCAGGCGGGACUGCUUGAUGGCUGGAUGGGAGAAGCAGACACAGAUUUUACCCACAUCUUUGAUGAUCUAGGGGCCUUUGAUUGGGUUGCGCAUUUAUACCCCCAGGUAAGCCCACCUCGCCUCCUCUCUCCUGUUCGGUUGGAUACGUGCUAA